GAGUGAGGUGGCCGUGGGGGAUUACGGGGUUAGGGUUAAACCACUCACACUGAAGCAAGCUCAUGACGUCUGUCUCAAGCUCGAAAUCCCAACCCACACCUUCUCCCCCAUCUCUCUCUCUAUAUAUAUAUAAACACAAACACACUCCACCAUUUCGCCUUCACCAGUCAUCACAAGUCCCUACUCUUUCUAACAAGUCUCUGCCAACUCUCUCUUAUUCUGUCUGCAACCAUGCACUACUUCUUCUUCUCUCCUUUGUCGGCUUCUUUUCUUUUCUUUCUUCUUCUUCUUCUCCUUCUUCUUCUGGGAACAGCUGUUGUAUUCUUUUCUCUGUUGCCCUUUCGGUUUCUCCAAUGGCGCCAUCACCAACACAAACGUCUGCCACUGCCACCUGGUUCAAUGGGCUGGCCUUAUAUCGGGGAGACGCUCAAGCUCUAUACUGAGAACCCAAAUUCCUUUUUCUCCAACAGGCAAAAACGACAUGGAGAUGUUUUCAAGACCAGCAUACUGGGAUGUCCUUGUGUGAUGGUUUCAAGCCCGGAAGCUAUUAAGGUUGUGCUAGUGACUCGAGCUCAUCUCUUUAAGCCAACCUAUCCAUCAAGCAAAGAGAGAAUGAUAGGGCCAGAGGCUAUCUUCUUUCAUGAAGGGCCCUAUCAUUCAAGGCUCAAGAAAUUGGUCCAGGCCUCUUUUCUCCCCUCUGCAAUUAGAGGAUCGGUCUCAGCGAUAGAGCAGAUUGUUCUCAAAUUUCUUCCUACCUGGAACAACGGUGUCGUUAACACUCUGCAAGAGAUGAAAAAAUAUACUUUUGAUGUGGCCAUCCUUUCGGCAUUCGGGCACAAACUCGACUUAGAGAUGGAGGGAAUCAAACAUCUGUAUCGGAGUCUUGAGAAGGGCUAUAAUUCCAUGCCUAUAAAUCUUCCAGGAACUCCCUUCCGCAGAGCCAUGAAGGCGAGGCAGCUUCUCAACGAGACUUUCAGGAGAUUGAUAGCAAAGAGAAGGGGAAGUAGUAAACAAGGAGGUGGAUUGCUGGGAAUUCUUCUGGGAGCUAAGGACCAGCAUCUGAAUCACCUGAGCGAUUCUCAAAUUGCUGAUAACAUCAUCGGAGUCAUCUUUGCUGCUCAUGAUACCACUGCAAGUGUUCUCACAUGGCUUCUCAAGUACCUACAUGAUAAUAGAGAUCUCCUCGAAGCCGUUACCAGGGAACAAGAAGGCAUUAAAGCCAGCAUAUCAGAAGCAAAUCGAGGCCUUACGUGGGAUGAUACUCGGCGCAUGCCGCUGACCGGCCGGGUGAUUCAGGAGACUUUAAGAACGGCAAGCAUUCUCUCCUUCACAUUCAGAGAAGCAGUCGAAGACGUAGAAUUUGAAGGGUACUACAUCCCCAAAGGCUGGAAGGUUCUUCCACUAUUCAGAAGCAUCCAUUACUGUGCUGAUUUCUUCCCUCAACCCGAAAAGUUUGACCCUUCGAGAUUCGAGGUGCCACCAAAACCCAACACGUUCUUGCCAUUUGGGAAUGGCGUGCAUGCCUGUCCAGGCAGUGAGCUAGCCAAGCUUGAGAUGUUCGUCCUCCUCCACCACCUCACCACCUCCUACAGGUGGAAGGUGGUGGGAGGUGAAGAUGGCAUACAAUACGUCCCAUUUCCGGUGCCCCAGCGCGGCCUGCCAAUAGAGGUGACCCCAAGAAAAGCAAACGCAGAAUAAUCAAAGAGCUUUUGCGGAUCUCCGCGACUCAUAGAAGGGUUUUGCUGAGGUUAGAAGCAAUGCAACCCAUCUUACUUUUCCCUUUUUACACUUUAGUUGUAGAGUAGUUGUGAGGGAUCCUUGCAUGGCAAGCUUUUAGAAUGUUAUGUUGUAGUCAAAUACUAAGAAAGAGUAGAUGUUUAAAUUUAUUUGCAUGUGAGAAGAGGUUAGUCGAUGAAGUAGUUGUGCUUAUUACUGGAUCUCAGUUGAUUCUUGGGCGCACUCAUAUGUAAGGAAUGAAGAGUGCUCUCUAUGGUUACACGUUGAGCAAAGUCCCAGCACAAUUUAGACCAGAGGUUCAAACAAUAAGGGUUUGUCUUUUGUGUAUGGAGCUGCUAAGGUUUAAUGUAUUUUUUUCUUAGCCUUUUCUACCUAAA